AUGGCAAAGGUCCGGGCGGAGGUGGCCCGCGUCUUCAACAAGCGGCGCGGGGACUUCAAAACCGACGUGGCUGCGGAGGACUACUUUGAGUUGAAGGAAAAAUACGUGACUUGGCUUGAAGACUCCCCCGUAAUCGACGUGACGAUCGCGAAAAAAACCGACCCGCUCCCGGAGUGGACCGUCGUCACAACCGAGGACCACUCUUACAGACUUUUCUUGCAGGCGUUUCACGGAUCGAGAGGAAGUAAUUCUGCCACGAAAAACACUCCCGGCGCAGCAGCAGGACCUUCGAGAAGCAGUAGCAGUAGCAGCAGUAAUGGGACGAUGACCACUUUUCACAGUCGGCGCUUCGACGCAGGCUUUGUGCAGGACACUCUUGGAGCGGGAGAAGCGUCGCAGCUCAGUGAAAACGAAAGGAAGCUUGCGGUCAAACUUUUCCCGCCACUGAUGACAGCACCCGCUGCUUCGAGUAGCCCGAAUGUGGUCUUAUCGGUGAUAAUAACGCACGUGCCCCCGAACUCCUUAUGCGACUUCUGCCAAGUGCGGGAAGGCUUCUACCUCGAAUCGGUGCACCUCAAUUCCCAAACGAACCCGACUCCUGCGAAAAUCAUCGCGGAGAAAAAAUUGGCGGCCGCCCGGGCGGCGCAAGCGCCCAACGCGUUCCCGAUGCGGUUGCGCUUCCGGGUCAACCAGCUUUUGCUGCGGGAGGAGCUGCGGCGCAUGGCCCAGCCGAAUUGGAGACUUGUCGAGGAGGAAGAGCUGCGGAAGCGCGCGAUCGGCCGUGGAGAAGUCGUCGUAGAGAACGAGGAGGAGCAAAACAUAACCAACCGCGAAGGUGUUCUUGCCGUCUCAGGUGAAGCUGCAAAGACUAGCACCAGAAAACGUUCCAGUACCGCGGUCCUGGAAGAUGAAAACAAGUAUGACAACGACAACCAAGAUUUACCUUCGAUCAAAGAACUGUCCUUCGCCGAACGGGACCUUCGCGCGGAGCAACGGAAAGUACUCCAGGUUAGGCAGGCCAUCUACGAGGGGGAGCGCAUGCACCAGCUGUUCUCCGCUGAUUGGAACGAGCGCCGCGACCGGAACAUGGACCUGCAAAACUACCAUCCGUUCCGGACGGAGUACCGGGAUUUGCUCCUGAAAUACGACCACUGGUCAGACAUUGCACUCGCGGGCAGUGAGCGGGAGCUGCUGCGCAGCGAGGUGGUUCGGGAGCCGUUUUGCCUGGUCUCCGCCAUGCACGCGGGCGGCUAUGAUUCCGAGGCUUGGCGGACAAGAGCGCAAAGAAUGUUGUUUGACUUGUGA